AUGCCCACCCAAGGCCUCCGCACCUUCGAGGACGAAUUCCUCACCGAGAACACCGAGGGCUUGCACCCGGGUGAACAGGAAGUCUCCAACUACAUGCGCAUCGUGCAGCCUCCAGCUGAGCAUGGGACUCACUACACCGGACAGGGUCGAUACCGGCCUGGGUUUCAUACGCCUGAGGGGGCGAAGUCGGGGUAUGAUGCCAGCUCGGAGUCAAGCGGUGAUGAGGCCGAGGACUGGGCGAAGAGGCCGUCGGAUCUGCUGAGGGCGUUGAGGCAUGGAUAG